CCAAGAACAAACGAUGACCUGCAAAGAGCCUCAUGCAGAAGGAGGCAACGCGACACGAAGUUCUCGCCGCUUUAACGGGAUGCUAUCUCAGGAGGGCUAGAAAAAAGUCCCUUGCAUAUAUUGUGGUGCAACGCGGCACCAGCCCAGCACGUCUUUCUCUCUUCGUACAUGUCGCCGAUUGGUAGUCCAACACAAAACCUUCUAGGUCUAAUACAAAAGGAUCUAGCCGAAUUUCUACUAGCCUGAAACUAAUAGUACCAAGGAUAGUUUCUAUCUCCGCUUUUAUUGCGUUAUUUACCUGGUUUGUAAAAUACGCCACUCAAGUUACUACCUUCAUGCUUCAUGGUCACCAUGCAGCUAGCCUGAGGCUGCUCUUAGAAGCUGACGACAUGCUGUUGCUUCCCAAAGGAACGUACUGGAGGCUAACCAUGGCGAAAGGAGUCUAGUGAAUCAUUCAUAAUCACCUUGUUUUACCCUCAAUCAUUUUUAGUGCACUUCAAGUCGCAUAUCAUACUUCAUACACAUAUAUCCUCUGCAAAGCGGUUUUAUUACCAGCCUAGUAAACCAUUCAAAGUAAACUACAAUGGUAUUCAUCGACGGCCAACCAGCAACCGCAGAUACGGAAGAGUUCAAAUGUGACAAUCUCCUGGUGAACAUUCCUGAUGUCGGCGAACCGUUGAGCGUCUCCGUAUCUUGGAGGCUCCUGAACGAAUACUCUACGUACGAUCCACAGCCGUACUUUCUCUCUAUCGACUUGAUAAUCAAGCUCAACGCAUCAGAUCGCGGAUUGCUCACGGUUGAAAGCAUUCAGCAGGUCGGUCGUACACCAAUCGGCGCUCUCAUACAAACACUUUAUACCAAGGGAACCUUGCAGUUCACCGAGUUACCUGUUAAAGUAGUCCUGGCUACCCGCAGUGGACAUCUCUGCAGAAAUGACUUGUUGCGUUCUCGCAUGGUCCACGCUGAGCAUGUUGAGGAUGUUGUCGAAUUUGUCAUUCCAUCAAACGGUAUUCAAAAGGCCAUUCUCCCGAGAGGCGAGACAUCCCUGCCAGAUCUAAUGGCUGCAUCACCAGGGGCAAUUGUCGGCAAGCCAUCGCUAGAUUCGCAUAAAGACACUUUCAGAGCAUUAAAUCAGAUUUUGCACGAUCGUCUGUCUUUUAACUGGCUCAUACCAACGAAGCCUGUAGCUAAGACUGUAGCUGUUGUUGGAGGUCGUCCAAUGUUUGACACAAAAAACAUGUCCUGGGGAUCCCGAGGGCCAUUUGAGGCUGCUCAGGCGCUCGGCAUGUCGCUGAUCGUCCUAGAUUACGCAGGCCACUUUAUGGAUGGUGAAGCAUACGCAGAUUUAAGAGACGACUUCAUCGCAGUCGACAUGACAAUCGAUGCUGGGCUCCCUACGAGACUGGCAGCUGCUGUCCAUAAAUGCGAUAUUGACGCAAUUGUGACAUUCUCUGACGAGUAUGUCAUAGCCACCGCUCAAACUGCGGCUUUGCUCGGCCUUGCCACCGAGCCGGUAGAUGCCGUGCUGCGGGCUCAUUAUAAGGACAAGACACGCAACGUUCUCAAGAAUGCCAGUAUUCCCACACUGCGUUUAAAUAACGCUGCGGAAGGUACUGAAAGCGCUGUAGUGCAAAAGAUCCGCUGCUUGAACUUUCCGCUGAUUGUUAAGCCUUGCCGCGGCGCUGCGUCUCGAGGCGUAAAGAAGGUCCAAGACGAGAUUUCCCUCCAGGAGGCUCUUCAGAGCAUGGAGAAGUCCGGUCUUGCCAAGCAUGGUAUCCUUAUUGAACCAUACGUGGACGGCCCAGAGGUUGACGCCAACUUUGUUAUGUUGGAUGGACAAGUGCUCUUUGUCGAAUUGACAGACGACUUUCCCUGCAACGCCGACGCAGCCGAGGCCACAGUAGCUGAUGACUUUCGCGAAACAAUCAUGCUCUGUCCGACUGCCCUGGAAUAUGAGGAGCAAGAGGCUAUUAAGAUAUCUCUUGGCGAGAGCCUUGUGAGUAUGGGCUUCCGAUCCGGUGUAUUCCACGUUGAAGCACGUGUUCAGAACUCUAGUAAAACAUACCGCAAACACGGUAGAGUUUUGGAUCUACAAGAUACAGGGGAAAUACCUAAGCAGCCAGUAUCAAUUUUCCUUAUCGAGGUAAACGUACGCCCUCCUGGGCUGGAUUGCGCGUUUGCAACCUUGUACACAUGUGGAGUUGAUCUCUGCGCUCUUCACCUUCUCCGCGCCGUUGAAGAUUUCACAAGGUACCAAGCGAUCGCCCAACCUUUCCAAUGCCACUCCCAGUACUGGUGUGGCAAUUGUCAGAUCCCUGUCGGGGAAGAUGAGAUUAUUGUUCCAGAAGAUUUCUGUCAGGAGAUCUUAAAGCGCGUACCGGAUAUCGCACCAUUUGUAUCCAGGGCUGAAAUGUUCAAGCAUCCUGGAACGGUAGUCUCACCUGUACACGGAGUAGAAUUUCUAGCUUACUUUCUAGUAUUCUCAAGAGAGAGUAGAAAGCAGGUUUUGGAAUGGUAUGAGCGAUUAUUAGAAGUUGCUCGAUAUAUAUUAGGGAACCAAAAGUAGUCUAUUUUAAGAGUUAUUAAACAUUUAACUAAAUUAUAAGAAUAAGAAUAACGUGGUGUUACAAGCGAUUAUGUUGGGUGUAGGGAUAGUAUUAGUGCAGAUAGGCAAAAAAGACUUGGAGAAAAAGGAAAAGUGGCCUUUAAGAAGAGAGAUAGACUACGACUAUAGAUAUCGCUGGGAAGGUCUCUUCAGAAAAUCCAUUGUGAAUGCGUGCUUUUAUCUACUUCUCUCGUAGCCCAUACUUGGUUUCCAAGCUGGUUUUUAGUAUAAUCUCCCUUUCUAGUAAAACUAGCACUAGACAUAGACCGCCCAAACCAAGGGAUAUUUCCCACAUAAGUUGGAGUGAUCCUUCAUAAACACCAAUAACUUGCUGCCUAGUUGUUUCAUCGAGGCCUAGUAGAAAUGAAGCUGUCGCAUCGGCGUAUGCAUUGCCAGAGUGAAAUUGCUCUAGGAUUAACUCUCGUGUUGUAGUAUCCGUAAUAUCGUUGGCUCGUUGGCCAAAAGCGUUACUAAAGAUAGCAGCGGGUACGACAACACCCCAGAUACUUCCAAAUGAUCGGACAGAUGACCACACAGCUGUUGUUGCAGCUUGGUCGGAUUCUUUACGUUGUGAGGCUGCCUGACAGGCAGGUAGAAGGGAGUUCAUAAGCGUUCCAUUGCCCAAUGAGUUGAUUAUUUGAUAAAUGACCCAUUCGGCUGUUGAUGAAUGCUGAUCAAGUCGGAUGAAUAAGCCCAGUCCUAGUGCCAACAUAGCGAACCCAACGAUGUGAAGCGGCUUGUAUCUCCCAAAGCGUGUCAGCACAAGAACAGCUACAAUCGAAGCUGGUACAGAAACAACUACUGAUGGCAGUAGCUGAAGGCCUGACGUUGCUGGUGAGCUCAUUCGAACGGCUUGGAAGUACACGGGCAUAAAAAAGUAUACCCAAUAGAGCAGAGCAGAGCUGAUGAAUGUCACUAUCAUAACAAUCGCGGAUGUGCGGUUGCUAAACAAAUGUGGCGGGCAGACAGGCUCCUUGGCCCAGGCAGUGUUUUCAAAGGCAACGAAUAGUCCGAUACCGGCAAAACCAACAAUCAAUGGCGCUAGUAUUGUCGUAGAAUUCCAAGCAUACAAGUUACCACCAUAGGUGAGAGCGUAGAGGAUCGAGAUAGAAGAGCAGAUGAGCAAGAAAUUGCCACCGUAGUCGAUGCGUCGAACUUUGUCGGCAAAGGACAUUUCUUUAUCGUAUUCGACUUGAAGGAAAAGUAGGACCAUAACCAUAGAGACCCCACCAAUCUAUCGACAUUAGCACCCCUCUUCAUUUAUCGCAGGCCAAAGAAACUCACUGGAAGAUUGAUAUAAAACACCCAUCGCCAGGUUGUUGCCUCAACAAUCGCACCACCAACCCAGGGUCCAAUGGCAAUACCAACAAAGUAAGUGGUUAGGAAACAUGCUACGUAUUUACCCCGCUCUCGCAGAGGAACAAGAUCGGAGACAAUGAUAUUCGGCAGGGUAUUAAGUCCACCACCACCCAUACCUUGGAUAGCUCGUCCGGCAAUAAGCAUAGCAGUGCUAGUCGCGCCACCGCACAGCCCACUACCCAGAACAAACAGGAAGAUAACAAACAGUGUUACCGAUCGUCGGCCGAAGAUAUUAGCCAGUUGGCCAAAUAACGGUUGCACGACA